GAACAAGGCUUUUACGAAAUUCAACAUUCAAACAACUAUGGGUCCUCGAGUUUUAAAAUACGAUAUUGUAUGUAAAUAGCGAUAACAUACUAAACCGAAUACAUUAUCGCCACGCUGCAUAAGCCGUCAUUUCGUUGCGAUGAUACUUAGUAAAUUGUCUACGCGUUUAAACGCGUCUCUAAUUCUCAAUUUCACGCAAAGAUCAUCGAUGUUACGCGACCAUGUCAGGUGGAUACAAUUCACGUAUUAUACCGACAAAACCAUCAUCGUCCCUGGUGAAACUGAAAAAAUGAAUAUGUAUCAAGCGAUAAACCAUGGACUUCGAAUAGCAAUGCAGAAUGACCCUGAUGCAGUGAUCUUUGGUGAAGAUGUCGCAUUCGGAGGAGUAUUUCGCUGUACGAUGAAUUUACAAAAGGAAUUCGGCAAUAAUCGAGUUUUUAACACGCCACUUUGCGAGCAAGGAAUCGCUGGCUUUGGAAUUGGUUUAGCCACCGUUGGUGUGACAGCGAUCGCAGAAAUUCAAUUUGCUGAUUACAUAUUUCCCGCUUUCGACCAGUUGGUAAACGAAGCAGCAAAAUUUAGAUACCGAAGUGGAGCGGAAUUCGAUUGUGGUAAAUUGACAGUUCGGACACCGUGUGGCGCUGUCGGUCAUGGAGGACUCUACCAUUCCCAGAGUCCAGAAGCUUAUUUCGCUCAUACACCAGGAUUGAAGGUACAAUUUAUCGUUAUGCCCCGCGGAGCGAAACAGGCGAAAGGUCUUUUGUUGAGCUGCAUAGAGGAACCGGAUCCCUGCAUCAUGUUCGAGCCGAAAAUAUUGUACCGUACCGCGAUCGACGAUGUGCCGACAGCUCAUUACAAGAUAGAGAUCGGCAAGGCUGAGGUUGUGAGAGAAGGUGACGCGGUGACACUCGUGGGCUGGGGUACUCAGGUGCACGUACUGUUGGAGGUGGCCGAUCUUGUCCAAGAGGAGCUCGGGGCGUCCUGCGAGGUGAUAGACCUCGUUUCUAUCCUGCCUUGGGACACGGAACUCGUUUGCAAGUCGGUGAAGAAGACUGGCCGCGUGGUAAUCGCCCAUGAAGCGCCGCUAACGAGUGGCUUCGGAGCAGAAAUAGUUUCAGUCGUUCAGGAAGAGUGUUUUCUACAUUUGGAAGCUCCGAUACAAAGGGUCACAGGCUGGGAUUGUCCAUUUCCGCACGUUUUCGAACCAUUUUAUCUACCAGACAAGUGGCGGUGCUUCGCGGCAGUCAGAAAGAUCCUGAAGUACUGAAGAACCAGGGCUAUUCUACUUAAGAACUUGUCGCAGUAGAAGACGCCAGAAACCUGUUGCCUCUGCGGACAUUACCCCACGACAACAACACGCAUGAGUAUCGAUUUUUGGUCUUCUUUCGCCUGCUUAAAAAUCAGUCCGAAGAAUUUCUGUUUCAUCAUUCUUGAUAGGAUGAUUCGAUCGAUAUACGUAGUUUAUUUUAAUUAACCGGUUUGUCAGCUGUUGUUUGAUUAUCAAUGAUGUGAAACUUGAUUGAAAAGAGGGGCAAUAUCAAGAUCGGGUUACGUUGUUUAUUGUGUAAUGUACAUUUCGACGAUAACAUUUCAAAGGACAAAUAACACGAUAUCAUUUGUAUUGUAAACUUGCGUUAUAUUAUUGUAUAAAAAAUAAAAGAUAAUUUUUUCGACAAAUGUA